AUGCUCUUUAAAAUCGGCAAUAGACAAAUUACGUCCGAUGACAACGGAUACAUUGGCACUACCACCAUUGGCCACACUGAAUCCAGCCGUGAUGACUUAUGUUCUGCCGUUUACCCAAAUCUUACAACGGAAUACAUAAAACCAAACUGGCUUCCUGACAGGGCUAUUAUUGCACCUACAAAUGCUGCUGCGAACACUUUUGACUACGAUUUACUCAGUCAGCUUCCUUCUCAAGAACGUUGUUACAGAUUAGUUGACACCGUUACAGACCUCGAUCAGGUUAUACAAUUUCCAACAGAAUUUCUCAACUUUCAAGAUUCUCCUGGACUCCCUCCCCAUGAACUUCACUUAAAAGUCGGUUGCCCUGUUAUCCUCCUACGCAAUCUAAACGCACCCAAACUAUGCAAUGGAACUCGCCUUGUGGUUAAACAAAUGAUGGACUACGUCGUUGAAGCCCAAAUUAUCUCAAGACACGGCAAAAACGCUACUGUUUUCAUUCCGAAAAUUCCGCUAACCCCAACAGACUGCUCCUACAGUAAUUUUUGA